AAGCGCGGGCCGCCCGGUGGACCCAACGCUCCCGCUCGGGUGUGGACUGGGCGGGCUCCGGGGCGGAGAGGGACGCGCGACUGCGGGUUUGAAUGGGACAGUCUUGACCCACCCCGACCGUGGCCAGCCAGUUCCGAAGCCAAGGACUCCAAGGCCGGUCUGCGCGCGACAUGCGGCUGGAGAGGUGAGAGGAGCGGGCGUGGCGUAGGUCCCCUGGAUACCGAGACCGCGCCCUAGGCGCCGGGAGGCCCGGGACAAACACCCGGGCUGCCAGGUGCGCCGACGGGCGGCCUCGGAGCCGGGGCUGGGGCUGACUUGCGUCACUCCCCCACUCGUCUUGGAUCGCGAGCGCUGCGCCCUCCCCCUCCCAAGCCUAUCGCCCUUCCCUCGCAGGGGACUACGUGGUUUAAUUUGGAACCUCAAAGAACGUGACAUUGUAUUUGAAGAGGCUCGGGGCACAAAACGAGGUCUGACACGCAUCUGGACCUUCUCGAGGGCGGCACCCAGCCGAUCUCCCCACGCGCCCUGGGUUGGCGCCGGACGCGACCGCGGCACGAGCGCUGAGAACCGCUGCGUCCCGCGCCUCUCCGCUCGCUCUCCUCGCCAGGCCCGCGUCCCCUCUCCUCCCGGCGGGAAGCAGGCGGCCCGGCUGAGCGCUCUCGGUCUGCUGGUGCGGCGCCCUCCGCCUGCGUGCCAGUUAUGGAGGUGCUGCGGCGCUCUUCAGUCUUUGCUGCAGAGAUCAUGGACGCUUUUGACCGCUCGCCCACGGACAAGGAGCUGGUGGCUCAGGCCAAGGCGUUAGGCCGGGAGUACGUGCACGCGCGGCUUUUGCGAGCCGGCCUCGCCUGGAGCGCUCCCGAGCGCGCCGCGCCGGUCCCGGGAGGACGCCUGGCGGAGGUGUGCGCUGUGCUGCUGCGCUUGGGGGAUGAGUUGGAGCAGAUUCGGCCCAGCGUGUACCGCAAUGUAGCCCGACAGCUGCACCUCUCUCUGCAGUCUGAGCCCGUGGUGACUGAUGCAUUCCUGGCUGUGGCAGGCCACAUCUUCUCUGCAGGUAUCACAUGGGGUAAGGUUGUGUCCCUUUAUGCAGUGGCUGCGGGGCUGGCUGUGGACUGUGUGCGACAGGCCCAGCCUGCCAUGGUUCAUGCCCUGGUUGACUGCCUGGGGGAAUUUGUACGCAAGACCCUGGCCACCUGGCUGCGGCGGCGUGGUGGAUGGACUGAUGUCCUCAAGUGUGUGGUCAACACGGACCCUGGCCUCCGUUCCCACUGGCUCGUUGUCACACUCUGUAGUUUUGGUCGCUUCCUGAAGGCUGCCUUCUUUGUGCUGUUACCGGAGAGAUGAGCUGCCCACCUGGACAGCGCUGCUCCCCAGACCCCUGGACCCAACCUGGGAGGCCUGAAGCACUAGGAAAAUAUUCAUUCCUCCUCACCUGAUCUGGGAGCAUCCAAUCCCUGUGGUGCCACCCCAAGCCUCAUUCCUCUAUGAACCCUAACCUGUGGGAGGGUUGAAUGCAGAAAGCCAUUCCUGAGCCUGGAGCUGGCCUCAGUGCCUACUGUGGCCCUUCUCCUGGAACCUCUGCCAGAAAGUCAGGGCCAGUGCCAAGUCCAAAGAAGGGGACUUAGUAACACUUGCACUCAGUGCUCCAGGUACCACCCCAGCAAGGAACAUUCUCAUGACACAAGCUGGCCUUGGUUUUUUUGAACAGCAGGCUCUGCACAUUUGAUUGGAAGAUGAUUGGCUAGAAUGGGAGGAGCUGGGGCCUUUACCUGCACUGUAAAUAGCAGAAAGCUCUAGUGAUUGGGCUAUUUCUAGAAGAAGAUGUGACUGACCUUUGAUGGGGUCCUUGUGAAUCCUUAUGGCAAGGACCAUGGUGUGGUCUUCCUUGCCAGCUUGCCUGACUGAUGGACAUGAGAGACUGUGGAUGAGAAGGCUGGUUUGCAUGAAUCCCGUCCCAAUAAAGUUUAAUACAGUACAGAGCGA